AUGAUGUCUGUGUCACACGAUAAAGAUUCCAACUCAGCCGAGGGGCCUCUUCGAGAUUCUCGCCAGGAUCCAGAUAACGGCCUAGAGCUCUACGGAACGCAGAGCGAGAGAGAAGCGGAAAAGGAAAGCAAGAGCGAAGAUACGAUGAAUCCGAAGAAGGAGAGAUUGGCCUCUGUAGGCGGACAGGGGCGGACAGAUAGACGCACCGCGACGGGAUACAUGCCUAUCGAAGAUUACGGACUUAUUGGCAACUUGAGAACGUGCGCCAUGGUCGCAACUGAUGGUGGCCUCGACUACAUGUGUUGGCCCGACUUCGAUUCACCCUCGGUGUUCUGUCGCAUAUUGGACAAAGACAAGGGCGGGCAUUUCACCAUCAGUCCAAAGCACGAUGACCUCUGCACAACAAAGCAACAAUAUCUUCCCGCAAGCAAUGUCCUCCAGACUCGCUACCUGAAGGAAGAAGGCGUGAUGAAUGUAGUCGAUUUCCUGCCUCGACCGAACAGCAAGUCCAUGGAUGCCGAAUAUCACGCCCAGGUCAUUGCUAGCAAACACACUGGGGAUGUACCCGAGCGGUCAGAUCUCAAGAAAUGGCUAGUUCGAAGAGUCGAAUGCAUGCGCGGUGAGGUCGAUGUUAACGUGGAAGUCUGUCCCGCCUUCAAUUACGCACAAGACAAACACACCACUGAGAUCCUCAGUUAUGGCGAGCAAGGAGAGCAUGAACAACGAGUUGUCUUCAAGUCCAAGUCUCUGUCUUUGCAACUCAACACAACCAUCGAUUGCGGUGAGGAUGACACAUCUUGUCCUAGUCUUACAUUUGUGAAAAAACCCGGGACCGAACUUGGCAACGCAAUCACCACUAGCUUCCGCCUCUCUGAAGGCCAGGCCGUUUCAUUCAUUCUGAGAGAUGCAGACGACCAUACUCCCGAUCACAUUGAAACGGCUCUAGUAGAUAAGCUGCAGAUGGACACCGUAAAGUACUGGAACAGAUGGAUUGGCGGUAGUUGUUACAGAGGCCGUUGGGACGAGGUAGUGACCAGGAGUCUGUUCAUACUCAAGAUGCUCAUCUUUGAGCCCACUGGCGCUAUCAUUGCUGCGCCGACUUUCUCGCUACCAGAAGAUUUUGGAGGCUCACGCAAUUGGGACUACCGCUACUCCUGGGUCAGAGAUUCAUCAUUCACGAUCUACAUUUUUCUUCGCAUGGGUUUCAGUUACGAAGCUGAAGCUUAUUCCAGCUAUAUGUUCCAGCGUAUCGAUGAGGCCAAGGAACGCAAGGUAGGCGCCCUGCCUAUCAUGUUCACGAUCAAAGGAGAGACCGACAUCCCAGAGAUUGAACUUGAUCAUCUGGAAGGCUAUCGGGCUAGCAGACCAGUUCGCAUCGGUAACGGAGCCGCGUUCCAUACGCAGCUCGACAUAUACGGGGAGUUGAUGGAUGGUAUCUACCUUCUCAAUCGCUUUGGUAGGCCUGUCACCUACGAUCAGUGGCUCCACGUACGAGAGAUUGCGGAUUACGUUUGCAGUGUGUGGAAAGAGAAAGAUAUGUCGAUCUGGGAAGUCCGUGGCCAAAAGCAGAAUUUCGUAUACAGUAAGAUCAUGAUGUGGGUUGCCAUUGACAGGGCGCUGCGACUCGCAGACAAACGAAGCUUCCCGUGCCCUCAUCGACAGGAGUGGUUCAAAGUGCGCGACGAGAUCUGCGAAGAGGUUAUGGACAAGGGCUACAACAAGGAGCUCGACUGCUUCAUUCAAAGUUACGAAGCCAACGACGUGUUGGACUCGGCAGUGUUGAUAGCGCCACUUGUGUUCUUCAUUGCGCCAACUGAUCCUCGGUUCCUGAAGACGUUGGAUCGUAUCCUGAAGCCUCCAGAGAAGGGCGGCCUCACAAGCACAGGUCUUGUGUACCGAUACAACUCAGCUAAAGCCGACGACGGCGUCGGUGGUCGAGAGGGUGCCUUUUCCAUGUGCACUUUCUGGCUCGUUGAAGCACUCACCAGAGCCGGCGCGUACGACGACAAGUAUCUGAGACAGGCUGUGAGCAUCUUCGAGAACAUGCUGAGCUUUGGCAACCAUCUGCACAUCUUUUCAGAAGAAAUUGCGCGCUCAGGCGAGCAACUUGGCAACACACCGCAGGCAUUCAGCCAUCUUGCCCUGAUAUCGGCAGCUUUCAACCUAGACAAAACACUGUCAACGCGCCACAGACGGUAG